AUGGCACCUCCCAUCUCCCCUCGCCGUACACGUGUCAAAAACGCCACACAACGCCCUGGGCUUGUGCUUCUCGAAGGUAAAAAAAAACAACGUACUCAAGCCCAGAUCAAAGAAGACAAACAGCGUGCCGAGGAGGCGCAGGCUGCACAGGAAGCUGCCCUGCAGCAUGGAAUCGACCAUAUCGCAGGUAUCGAGGCUGCCAUGGAGGUGGAGCAGGGCACUCAGUCAGCUGCGAAAGCGAAGCCGGUGAAACCUCGUGCUAGACCAGUCAAGAAAAAGUUAGAUGGGGCAGUUGCAGCUAAUGAGCUUACCUCUAGCAGUCUCCCUGUGGCCCCAGCACCGGCUAAUAAGGGUCAAGGCGGCAUGAAGGGUCAAGGCGGCAUGAAGAGUCAGGGUGUUGGUGGCAUAGGGGAAGGAAGUAGCGGAGCGGUUGGGAAUGAGAUCACAAAGCCGACAAAGAAGACAAAGAAGAAGCUGCAUGAGGCUGCAACAAGGCAAAUCCUUGAUGGCGAUCAGCGAAUCGAAGUUGAAGUACCCGAUACUGACAAGAAAGGAAAUCAUGUACCUAAUAAAAAAUGCUUGGCAGGGAAGGUCAACAACUGGCAAAAUCGCCUGGAACCUGAGACCGAGUCAGCGGUGUCCCCUGUUGUGAGAGCUGAACCUGAACCUUCAGGCGGCUCUGUUUUGUCAGCAACAACCCGGCUGAAGACGAGUCAGACUGCAGCAACCACAAUCUUGUUUGCAAAAGACCCACCACUUUCCUUGAUGGAUUCAUCGGACGGUUCUAUAUCGGACAAUAGUGAGGACGGAGGCAAUGAAAAAGAUGGUGAUGAGGAUGGUGAUGAGGAUUCCAAAGAGCAUCCGGCUACUCUCGCAGACAGUGUGAAAGGGAAGGCGGGAAUGAAGUCUGUCGUACAGAUCGCUGAAAGUUCAGAUGACGGAAUGUCCGAAGUACAAGUAUCAACACCAUUUCAUCUGCUGCCAUUUAGUCAACAAGCUGACAUAGUGAGAUUUGCCCUGGAGCAGGCCCGGCCUCAUGCAGCUUCAUCGACAAAGAGAACAAUUGAGGAAGCCGGAUUGAUAGGCUCCUCCGAAGACUAUGAUCCAGAUGAUAUUGAGGAGGAGGAGGGGGAAGAGGAUGAGUUCGUCACUGACUCUAAUAAGGUUCUUAAGCCAACACGCACUACUACAAAGACUAGUGUGAUGGUCGCUAGCACCGAGAAACUGAAACCACUCAAGAAACCGAAAUUGGAACCGGCACUUCUAACAAUCUCUGAAUCUAGUUUGAUGUCUGCUGACUUGGCGACAAAGCCCAAAUCUGGCAACCAAUGGCGAAACACGGAUCUCCCACCAAUUAUGCUGGAGGAUGGCACAUGGCGCAGGAGCUUUAUCCCGACAGUUUUUCUUUGGGCAGGUGCUCAGCCAAAUUUUUGGUGCAUUGAGGCCGAAAAAUUACACCCAGCGCUCCAGGCCAUUUUUGACGUUGCAUUUCCAGGAAUGAAUCACAAUGUUCAACCAAAAGGUCCCAUUAUGGGCUUGGUGAAUCAACGUCUUUGCUCCUGGCGCAGCAAUUUCGGAUCAACAGCCAUCGCCCUCGUCACCAACUUUCUGGCCACCUCUAAAGAUAACAACAUCGAUGAGGACGAGGAUGAGGACGACUAUGAACAGGAGCUAGCAGCAAGUCUUCUCGAGAACUGGGCCUUUCUCUAUGAGGACCCAGAUAAUUGCGACCCAAACAAGAUCUAUCGGUCGGUAUUCAUACUGGAAAUGAUCGAGUCAGCUCAUAUCAACACAACUGCCGGAUCCCUCGAUGUACCAGCACUCAACACAGAUGCUCUACGGCUGAAUGGCAUGCAAGGUGUCAUCGCUGCAAGUGCCGCUGCUCUUGAACGUGCUUUCAAUAUUGCCACAAAGCCGAAGAAUUUCACUGAUACAUUCAGCACUGGAACCAGCAGCGUGAAGGGCAGUAUUAAGGCCCGCAAAACGCCCCUGAAGCGCAACAAAUCUACCGGUAAGGACAACACUAUAGCAUCAGCCUUUUCAGAGGCGAACUGUGGCUUGGCAACAUCGGAAUACUAUGCAUCCCUCCAGAGGCGAGGGAUGAAGUACACGAUAGACACGAUUGCUUUGGUGCGUCAGCGGCAAGCAGCCCAAAACACUACUUCUGAGGACUCGCUGAAACCGAAGGGCAAACGUGCCAUGCUCUUACCUUACACCAUCGGGACAUUAAUGCAUCUUCCCCCCCUUCCGGUGAUUUGA